AUGGAGCGGGAGGGCGGCGGCCCGGGGCCCCCCGCGCCCCACGAGCCCAUCAGCUUCGGUAUCGAUCAGAUCCUGGGCGGCCCCGAGCCCACGGGGCCGCACCGGGCGGCGGCAGAGCCCGAUUACGGGCUCUACGGCAGCGGCUACGGCCCCACCGGUCCGCUCGGCUCCUACAACCUCAACAUGAGCAUGAACGUGAGCGUGAACGUGACCCCCGCGCCCGCCGCGCCGCCCGCCGGAGUCAUCCGCGUCCCGGCGCACCGGCCCGCGCCCGCCGCGCCGCCCGCCGCGCCCGCCGCGCCGCCGCCGGGGCCCGCGCUGCCGGGGCUCACCUUCCCGUGGAUGGAGACCACGCGGCGCAUCGCCAAGGACCGGCUCUCAGCCGCGCUGUCGCCCUUCGCGGUGACGCGGCGCAUCGGGCACCCGUACCAGAACCGGACGCCGCCCAAGCGCAAGAAGCCGCGCACGUCCUUCUCCCGGGUGCAGAUCUGCGAGCUGGAGAAGCGCUUCCACCGCCAGAAGUACCUGGCCUCGGCCGAGCGCGCCACCCUGGCCAAGGCCCUCAAGAUGACGGACGCCCAGGUCAAGACCUGGUUCCAGAACCGCCGCACCAAGUGGAGGCGGCAGACGGCGGAGGAGCGCGAGGCCGAGCGGCAGCAGGCCAACCGGCUGAUGCUGCACCUGCAGCAGGAGGCCUUCCAGAAGAGCCUGGCCCAGCCGCUGCCCCAGGACCCGCUCUGCAUGCACAACUCCUCCCUCUACGCCCUGCAGAACCUCCAGCCCUGGGCCGAGGACAACAAGGUGACGUCGGUCUCCGGGGUGGCCUCUGUGGUGUGA